CCACAAGCCACCGCCGGGGCAGGACAGGGGGCCGCGCGCGGCGCUCGGCGCGAGAGAGCGAAGUGCAGUUCGUACCCGGAGCCCCAGCGAGAGCCCUACCCCAACGGGGCCCUGCCCCAACUGCUCCCUGCGCGCGCGCCAAAUUAAGAGAAUACGGGUUGAUAACUUUCUCCUCGCGGACUUUGAUUACUUUGAGUGCUUCGUACGGACUUCUCUUCUUCUUCUUCUUCUUCUCUUUUUUUCUGCUUCUUCUUCUUUUUUAUUAUUUUUCCAUUCUUGCUCUCUCUCUCUGUCACUCUCUCUAUCUCCCUCCCUUCUACCUUUCCCAUCUCCCUCACUCUCUUCGAGAUGCGGUGCUGCGCCCUGCCGUGCCCCCGGCGCCACUGCGCCAUCCAGCGGGCCAGCCACCAUGGAUACUGUCGUCGACCAGACUGGAUAUUGCGACAGGACAUGACGUGAGCAUGCUCAUGUCAGGGCGGAGGGACCGCAGGGCGGGCCGCAGCGACCGAUGAACGAGUCGGAGUGCGCCGCGCUUUUGGAGAGCGCCGACUGGCACAGCCCCCGCCUCAUCGUCGUCUUCGUCAUCCUUGGCGUGGUCAACGUCAUGGUGAUCCUGGGGAACCUGCUCGUCAUCGCUGCCGUCUACAUCAGCUCCAAGCUGCGCACCGUCACCAACCUGUUCAUCGUGUCGCUGGCCGUGGCCGACCUCCUGGUCGGCGUCGCCGUGCUGCCCUUCAGCUCCACACUCGAGGUUUCCAAGGUGUGGAUCUUCGGCGACGUGUGGUGCUCCAUGUGGCUGGCCGUGGACGUGUGGAUGUGCACCGCCUCCAUCCUCAACCUGUGCGCCAUCUCCCUGGACCGCUACCUCGCCGUCACCCGGCCCGUCACCUACCCCUCGCUCAUGUCCAACCGGCGCGCGCGCUGGCUCAUCUUCGUCGUCUGGGUGCUGUCCUUCGUCAUCUGCUUCCCGCCCCUGGUCGGCUGGAAGGACCGGGGGCCCGCCGCGCUGGACGACACAAUGCUAGGAGGCACCCAGGUCCGGGGCAGGGGCGUCGGCGGGCUGCCUCCGGCGCUGCUGGGGUCGCCGGGGCUGGUGCGCUCCACGCCGCGGCCCGCCACCACCGAGGCGGCCAUCAUCCUGGCCGCCACCAACGAGACGGACCUGGAGAUGUCGCUGGCGGCCACGACGGCCGAGUGGCCCACCGAGUGGCCCGCCGAGUGGCCGGGCAGCGACUACUCGGCGCCCGCCGCCGCCGUGACCCCGGAGCUGGACGCUCUGGCGCCGGCCCUGGCGCCGGCCCUGGCGCUGCACGCCGACGUGGAGGCGCUGGAGGGGGUGGGCGGCUCGCGGCCGCGGGGCGAGUCGUGGCUGCGCGCCGAGGGCCGGAGCCGCUGCCCGUGGGUGUGCGAGCUGACCAACGACACGGGAUACGUCCUGUACUCGGCCUUCGGCUCCUUCUUCAUCCCCUGUUUCGUCAUGCUCUUCUUCUACUGGCGCAUCUACCGGGCGGCCGUGCAGACGACCCGCGCCAUCAACCAGGGCUUCCGUACCACCAAAGGUUCCCGCAAGUUCGGCAACCGCUUCGACGAGCAGCGACUCACGCUGCGCAUCCACCGCGGGCGCGGGUCGGUGCGGCAGCGCGGCGGCGGCGCGGGCCACUCCGCGCCCUCCACCACCUCCACGACGGCGGCCUCGAGCGCCGCCAACUCGCUCAGCGGCUCGCCGGGCAAGUCGCCCGACAGUCUGAGAGUGCAACGUGCUUCGAUUCGGCGCGGCGUCGAGCGCAGCCGGACCUUCGAGAAGAUCAAGAUCAGCGUGAGCUACCCCAGCUGCGAGGCCAUCAGCAGUCACCAGCAGGACGCCGAGCCGCACCCGGCGCACGCCAACAACAACAACGGCACGGCCACACAACACGGGGGACCGCUGUCGUCGCCCAACGCGAGCAAGAAGUCUUCCUUCUCGUCGGCCUCGUCGCCGACGGGCCCCGGCGGGGCGAUCGCCCUCAACGUGCUGUCGAACGGCGCGUCGCCCACCACGGUGACGGCCGUCACCACGCCCACGGGCACCACCAUCCACAGGCCACCCUCGAGCCACCUCAAGGUCACGCCUCAGUCGCGACUGUCCCAGUUUUUCCUUUCAGUUCGCCGGAGGCGCUCGUCCACCGAGUCCGAGUGCGCGCGUGAGAGCUCGGACGGCCACCUGGAGCUGCGCGAGUUCGGCCGCGACAUGACGCCGUCGCCCACCUUCGAGGAGCAGGGCAACAAGCCCAAGCUCAUCUCCAAGAUGGGCAAGCGGAACAUCAAGGCACAGGUCAAGCGUUUCCGUCGUGUAGACUCGAAGAACUCCAAAGACUCUGGACACACAAGGGUGAAACGCUUCCGCAUGGAGACGAAGGCGGCCAAGACCCUGGGCAUCAUCGUGGGUGGUUUCAUCUGCUGCUGGAUGCCCUUCUUCACCAUGUACCUCGUGCGCGCCUUCUGCCCAGAGUGCAUCAACCCCACCGUCUUCUCCGUCCUCUUCUGGCUCGGCUACUGCAACUCGGCCAUCAACCCCUGCAUCUACGCGCUCUUCUCAAACGACUUCCGAUUCGCUUUCAAGCGCAUCAUCUGCAGGUGCCUGUGCGGUGCUGGCGGGCGCAAAAGCAGUCAACGCAGCAACCAGACGCGGCGCGGCUCUGACGGCUCGCAGCUGGGGGUGCGGGGCGCGAACGCCAGCGCCCACCACCUGCACGCGGGCCUCUCCAGCUACGCAUCGCACAGCGGGGGUGGUGGCGCGGGCGGCGGCUCGGGCGCGUCCGGACUGCUGGGGGCGGGCGCUGGAGCGGGCGGAGUCGGGGGCGGCGCAGGGGGCGGCGUGAGCGUUGCCCACGACCAGCACCUGCCCCACUGCGCGCAGCACCCGGCCAACGCCAGCCGCGCCUACGGCCUGCUGGCCGGCGACGACAGCGACCUCAACAACGGUUCCGACUCCAGAUGACAAAAGAGGAAGCGAACUGACUUCCGCUAGGUCAGCUGUCCGUUCCGUCCGGAGCAGCGAGGGGUAGAACGGAGUGCACUGUGAAGAAAAAUCUGCAAGUAAACUGGUUUAUUGUUUCAAAUUGUCGGAUAAAAGACACUGGAAGUUCAGUUUUAAACUGUCCCGUAGAGUGUACGACAGCAAUUUUCACAAUAUUGGCAAUAGGUUGUUUUUUGCAGUGUGCUCUUUUCUCUUCUUCUCUCGACUCCUGGAGUGCCUUGUGAUGGAGAGGUGGGGGAGCGGCCGACAUUCAGUGUGCGGGUGCCUGUGUGUGGUUGUUUGUGUGCGCGUGUGUGUGUGUGUGUGUGUGCAUGGGCGUGGGCGUGUGUGUGCGUAGGUGAGCUGUUGAUGUGAACGUAUGUAUGACCUUUCCCCCGGGGGACGCGGGGCGUUGAGUGAGUGGCUCGAGUGGGUGUGCGUUGCGCGUGCGGCCCAAUGCGGCGGUUAUGAAUGAGGCAUGCGGAGCGUGAGCGUGAGCGUGCGUGUGUAAAUAGUAGCCAUACGUGUAAAUUGUAAUGGAGUGAGCGUGUGCAUGUGCUGCGUGUGUACAUGUGUGUAUGGCCGGGUAUUCCCACACGUGGCGCGGUCGAGAGUGUGCGGAAAUUUUCCGGAUGAUUUAAGUUAUUUGUAAAUAAGAGAAAGAAAGUAGAAUCUACGAGUUUUCAUACGAGUGAAGACUGUGGAGCUGCACUUAGCUGUUCCUUACAUUAUGUAAACGAUAACCUUUUUCUGUUGAUGGCCAAACCCUUUUGAGGCUGAGUGCGUGUGAAGACUAUUUUAUUUGAAUUCCUUCAAAGAUUUAUUUAAGUAUGCGACCUUAAUGUAAUGAAUUUGCCUUGAGAAAAGGACCGCCACUAUCUAUGUGUUCCAUCGACUCGAUGUGCUUAUGUCAGAAUUACUUAACGCCCAAGGCCAGUGUAAAUAUUUAAUCAUAAACCUUCUGCCAAAUUGUACAGAUUAAAAGCUAGAAUGUAUUUUUAAAUGCAGUACCUUAUGAGCUCGUUUUCAAAAUGGAGGAGCAUUCAUGAUUUGGUGUUUCAUUGGAAAUUCAUGGAUUGUAUCUUUAUUAUUACUAAAAUGCCCUCUAACCCGGCUUAUUUGUUGAAGUAGAAUACCCUUUGAAAUUCUGUAAGAAUUACGUCCAUGAUGCAGCUGAUUAGCUGUGUAUAUUUCCUCCCCAUUUGUGUGAGGGACACGCUGACGAAUGUUUUCCCGUUGUUUAGCAUAACUGCGCCUAGAACAAACUUUGCUAGGACCAGUUUAUUUGGAAACUUUUAUUGUAAGGGCCUAUACUCUAGAAUUUUACACAAAAUGUACUUUCCAGUUGACACUCGAGGAUAUGUGAUUAAGAGGCUACCGUGCGAGUGUCACGAUGAAGCUACGUAUAUCUCAGUGAACUGGUGACUGAACUAAGUUUUCUUAUAAAAGUCAUUUUUUAAAAAAAUAUGUUUAAAAAAAAUAUUUUCUGGAUGAAAGUCCACAAAGGAAGACGAUACGCUUAGCUGCAGUAGAGAAUGUUUCGCCCCCAAGAUCGAGCACUUCUCAGUGCUCGUGGGUGGGACUAGUUUCAUGUGUGUCUGUGUGCUUAUUUGUGUGUAUGUACUUUUAUGUAAGUGUCUUCACCGAAAAGAUGAAUAAAAUGAAUCAGCAAACUUAAA